AAGAAAGCAAUGGGUAAUGAUAAAAUGAAUAAGUGUUGCAACAAAGGUAUUUAUUUGACCGAUAUGUGCAUGCCGGGACGGUGUACGAAUGUUACCACGGAGCUGUGUUGCAUGCAGAAAUUUAUGCAGUCCAAGUACAAAUGCUGCCUAGAUGACAGUGAUGCAAUCAACUCACCCGGUGAUGCAUUUAGCCGAUGCUGCUACAAAAAUUUCGUUGACGAAGAGGAUAAAUGCUGUCCGGCUGAACGUGCCAAAUUCCAUUGGUCAACAGCUUAUGAGAUCUGUCUACCGAAU